AUGUCAGCUACACAAAAAAGGAAUAGUGAUACAGAUUUAUUUUUUAUAAUUGAGUCUCUCACAAUUUAUUUUGAGAAGAUCCUCGAAAUUAUGGAUGAACCUCUCAAAAAUUAUUCAAAAACAGAAUGGUUUAAAUUCAAAGAACUGCUUACCUCUCCAGAUCUUUCGCCCUGUAAGUGUUUUUCUUAUGCCAACUCUUUAAAAUUAGUUAAGCCUUAGCCUAUUGUAAAAGUGGCAACAUUCAACUUAGGUGAUUUAGGGGAUUAGUAAUCAACUGUGUCACAACCUUAAUCUAAUCAAUAAUCUGUAACAUAAACACCAGUCUUAACUUUAAAAAAAUAAGAACCUUCGAUUACAGUGCCAAGUUUAAUUUCUCUUAGCACAGUGAGCCCACCAAAUACUUUUUAGAAGUAAUACUCCUUUAACACAUCUAAAAUACUUAAUGAAAAUAAAGAACAAGAAUAAAAGAAAACAAAAAAUUCAAUAAUUAACGUUCAAUCACUUUAGUAAACUAGCUAGCCAUAAAUUUAGCAGUAAAAUGGAAAUAGUUCUACCCAAUAAAAUUUAUUAUCACCUCCUCCUUAAACAUAUUUAGGAGCUUAGUCACAACCACAUUUUAAUUAUAGCAAUUAAAUAUCUAUGAAUUCGAUAAGUGGUUCACCUAGCAAAAUUUAGAGCUCUGCUCAAACUUAAACUAAUAUUAGCACAACCCAAGCUGGAAAAUCUUCACAUAACACUAGCAAUUAAAGUUCUUUAGGAAAUAAUAAUUAUUUAAAUGGAGGCUCUUCAAACAAUCCUAGUUAAAAUGUUAAGCAAAUUCAAUAGACAUUGCAGAAUAUUAGCUCAAUCGGUAUAUCUUCAGCUAACCAAAAUUAAGCAGUAGGAUCCAAUAGAAUUCAUAGUAUCUCUAUCAAUUCUGCUAAUAACUCAAGCAAUCUUAAUUUUUCAUCUAACCAAACCAACGCUCAUAAUGCAGCAGCAGCAGGUUCUAACCCAAAUAAUAAUAAUUCUUCAAGUAACAACUAUGCAGUCGAUGAAAGACUGCGUUCACCCUAAUUAAAUAGCAGUAAUCAAAAUGGCAUUUAUUUAUCAAAAACCUCUUCUCGAAAUUAAGCCACAUCAGCUUCUAGAUUAAAAAAUAAAAAUCAUAUUUCAGUUUCAAACAUUUCAAACCUCUAAGUUAGUAGCAAGAAAUCACCUUCGUAGCUUGAAAAGCUAGUUUCUUCUACAAAAGUACCAUAGGCUCAUAUGAAAGCUCAAAAAUCGCUUUAGAUUGAUAUCAAAGAAAAUAGCUUUUAAUCAAGAAAUAAUUUGUAAAGCAAUCCAAGCGUUAUGUCUUCAACCUCAACUCGUGUUGAUUUGAGCAAAAUUAAUUAAAAUUCUAUUGGAAAUUUGCUUAGUACAAGUAAAAAUUUAACUGGCUCACCAUAGUAUAUAACUUCAUCAACUAAUUAUGGAAACUACAAUUCUCAUCUUUUAUCUUCUGUUGGUUCAUCUUAAAAUGGUUACAGUAGCUCUGCUAGCAAAGGCUUGACCAACAACUUAAGUAGCAAGAGAUUUGAAGGAUAAAGUAUGACUGAUCGUAUCAGAGACAAACCUUAGAUGAAUUCAAUUAAAACGGAGUCUGUAUUAAUAGAAAAUAGCCCUCCUAAUCAUAAUAAUUACACUGAUAAUAGCUCUAAUGGCAAUUUUAAUAAUGCUUCUCCUGAAAACAAAUAGAAUUAGAAUCCUUUAACAUUCACUUCCUCAACUAGCAAUAGCAUACUUAAUUUAGGUCUUUAAUAGGUACCUUAAAACAUAGUUUAAAUAUAGCAAUAAGUUAUACAAGAAUAGCCUUAAAAUGAGUCAAUUGGAUCACCUUCUAAUACACCCUUAACUACUGCUAUAGGAAUAGAGCAUCCUCCAAUUCGUAAAAGAGCAAGAAGAGAGACUAGAAAGCUCAGUUUAGAGAAAUUCUAAAAUAAUAUUGAUGCAGUUUAGAGAUAGAGUGAAUUAGAAGAAAAUGGCAUUACUCCUAUCCUUCCCUUAGCCCAUAAUAAAGGAUAUUAGCAAGUUCUUAUGAACCGUCUAGAUAUUCUCCAUUCACCAAAUAAUCAUUAAGAAAAAAAGCGUGAUCCUUCACCUGUAAAUAAUAGAAUCGCUUGCGAUAAAAUACAAGGAAUCCACGACUUCUAAAAAUUCAAAGCAGAAGAAGAUGUAGUAAAAGAAAAUCCAUACAAGCAUUUAUUGUAAAAAGUUCAACAAAGAAUUAAUGUAUUUUUGAUGGAUUCAAAAACAUUAGAGUUGAUAUCAGGAAAGUUCACAGAUGUAGAAGAAACUAAAAGACAUAGAGAAUAAGCAAAUAAGCAAGGAGCUGCUGUUAGUUUCUAAUCUGCCAAUAAUAAUGUUAAUGGAGGAGUGCAGGAAAGACAAGAAAUCAAAAGAGAUAAGUUAAAAAAAUACUCAGUAUUUGCUAAAAAAGGAUAAGAUUAGCAAAACCUCAAAAAGGUAGAUGAUCAAAUUACAAAAGACGAGCUUAAAUUAGUCAAUCCUCUAAUAAAACAAAGAAAAAGGGAUGAAAAAAAGAAGUUAAUUAUUUGA